AUGGGAGGGUCAUUAUCGCGUCUGUGGUCUUUGGUCUGGACCAAAAAGGAGAUUCGAAUCCUCAUCCUGGGUCUCGAUAAUGCUGGAAAGACCACUCUUUUGUACAGACUCAAGAUCGGCGAAGUCGUUACCACCAUUCCUACCAUCGGUUUCAACGUCGAGUCAGUCACAUAUCGGAACCUGAACUUCAAUGUUUGGGAUCUCGGUGGCCAAACAUCCAUUCGCCCCUACUGGCGUUGUUACUACGCCAACACCGCAGCCGUCGUCUUCGUUAUCGACUCUACAGAUAUCGAGCGGCUGGGGACCGCGGCAGAUGAACUGUCGGCCAUGCUCAAUGAGGAUGAACUUCGCGAUGCGGCUUUGCUGGUGUUUGCUAACAAGCAAGACCAGCCUGGUGCCAAGGGGGCGGGUGAAAUCUCCGAGGCAUUGAAAUUGGGAGAGCUGCGGGACCGGAACUGGAGUAUCGUUGCCUGUUCCGCCAUUGAUGGCAAGGGUAUCAAUGAGGGCAUGGAUUGGCUAGUGCAAACCAUCCAGUCGGAGAGCGCAUGA